CUCAGCCGGACAAACCGGAAGAGAGUACAAAACUAGACUCAAAUGUUCCUGAACUCAACACGAUUGUUACUCCGCCGUCAACACCCACUACUCCCGGUUGUGUCAUUCAAUUUAUCGCGGGGGAAUAAAAGCAUGAAUCCAAGCACAGUACCGGGGCAAGACGUCCAGGAGGUGACAGGACUGGUUUGUCAGGAAGCCGACCUGCAAGAUGGCCAGAUGAGAGAAGUAUCAGUGGGGGACCACAAGGUGCUGCUGGUGCGCACCGAGGGUCGGUACAGCGCGGUGGGAAGUCGGUGCUCUCAUUAUAACGCCCCUCUGGUUAAAGGAGCGCUGGUGGGUAACAAAGUCAGAUGUCCCUUCCACGGUGCUUGCUUCAAUGUGAAAACUGGAGAUAUUGAGGAGUACCCAGGCCUGGACUCCCUUCCUUGCUACAAGGUCAGCGUACAAGACGGAAAGGUGUAUGUUUCUAUCCCCAAACAGACCCUGACGUUGACGAGAAGGGUGAAGGAGAUGUGUAGCGUUUCACCGCACGUCAAACACACCAUCGUGCUCAUAGGAGGGGGCCCUGCUUCUCUGGUGUGUGCUGAGACGCUGCGUCAGAACUGCUACCAAGGUCGGAUCGUCAUGGUCACCAAGGACACUCUACCGCCGUUUGACAAGCCCAAAUUGAGUAAGGCUUUGAACGUGGACAGCAGCCAAAUCGUCCUGCGCUCCAGUGACUUCUUUCAACAAUAUGGGAUAGAAGUGCGGACACAGCAGGAGGCGCUGAAUUUAAACACACGCGAUAAAGCAGUGAUGAUGAAAGAUGGCACCUUGCUGCGUUACGACCAGGUCCUCAUCGCAACAGGCUGCAGAGCGAGGCCACUCGGUUGUCCCGGUAGCGAGCUGAAAGGAGUGAAGUUACUGCAGAGUCACGAAGACGCCAAGGAGAUCCACACUUCCUGCUUGGGCCGCAAAGCUGUGGUCGUCGGAUCUUCCUUCAUAGGUAUGGAGGUGGCGUCCUAUCUGGCAGACAAAGCGUCCAGUGUGGCCGUUGUGGGAACUUCCAGGUAUCCUUACGAGCGCUCUCUGGGUUCCCGGAUUGGCCAGAUGGUCAUGCAAAUGUUGGAGGAACAUCACGUGAAGUUCUACAUGGACGACCACGUCGCUGAGAUUAGAGGGGAAAGCGGCUCGGUGAGACAGGUGGUGCUGAAGAGCGGCACGGUUCUGGAAGCAGAUGUGGUGAUUGCAGGAAUAGGUGUGAGUCCUAAUUCAGAUUUCCUGUCAGGGAGUGCAGUGGAGGUGGAUUCUAGGAGAACAGUCAUCGUAGAUAAGUUCAUGAAGACCAACUUGGCGGACGUUUUUAGCGCGGGAGACGUCACCUCCUUCCCACUGUCCAUUCGAGGCGAUCAGAUGGUCAAUGUCGCUCACUGGCAAAUGUCACUAGCCCAAGGAAGGGUUGCUGCCCUCAAUAUGUUAAACAAACCAACCAAAAUGGAGUCGGUGCCUUUCUUCUGGACUGUGUUGCUUGGAAAGAGCAUCCGAUACACAGGGUACGGGGAAGGCUACACCGAAAUCAUCUUCAAAGGCAACGUGGAGGAAAGAAAGUUCCUGGCGUUUUAUAUCAAAGACGAUGCGGUGGUGGCGGCGGCCAGCCUCAUGUUCGAUCCCGCCGUGGCUCAGCUGGCGGAACUGAUGGCAACAGGCCAGCGCGUGACAAGAGCUCAGGCUCAAUGUGAUGACCUGAGUUGGCUGCAAGGUUUCUGAUUGGCCUCCUACUACCAAGGAUACAGUCUUGAUCCUGUUUCCCGCCACUCUUUUGCACUAUGCUUGUACAAUAUUCUCUCUAAAGAUGCACUGUGGGUAUGAAAAGAUCUGAUAAAACGAGAAACAUGCAAAUAAGGAUUUUGUUUACAUUCAUGGUAUGCUUGAACUCAAUUCAUGAUAACGCUGAUUAUUUCAAAAUAAAAACAUCACCAAUACUUAAGUGGUAAACUGCUUCCAUAUCGCAGUCAGCGCUAUGUUGUGCUUAUUUAUUUCAGAGACAUUGCUCCACUCAGGCUAUGCUCUUGGUUUAUUUUUUUCAUGUCUAUUUUGGUGCUGUUCAUCACUGUUUCAUAUUAACUGUAUGUCUUUACCAAAUGUCUUUUAAUAAAGCAUAACUCAUUA